AUGGCUCCGGCCGUCGUCAACGGCCUGGCGCACCAAGCCCGCUCCUUCAUCGCGGGCAGACGACUCUCGAGCCUCCCCGACCCAGCAGACAUCACAGCCCGAUCAAUCGACGCGGGCUCCGUCGGGCCUCUCGCCGCUCGCUCCCUCCUCCUCGCCCGCGAUAGCACGGGAUACAAGGAGGACCCCCACGUCGGCGUCACCGACCCGGGCAACAUCAACAACACGGCCAUCUUUGUGCUGUUCGGCCUCAUCGGCGCCGCUUUUGUCAUCACCGGCAUCUGGUUCUUCUUCUGGGCCCGCAACGGAGGCUUCUACUUCAAGGACAACGACUGGGACGACUACAAGACGACGGUGCUCCGCCGCAGGGGUCCCAACGGCACUCUCCUGUCCGGCGCCACCAAGUCGACCAAGCUCGGAGGCGGCAGCGUCUACAAGGACUACGACGACAACCAGACGAGCAUCUCGGGAACUACCUUGUCAGGCAUCACGGCGGGGCCUAGCGACAUCGGCGCCCGUGAGAAGCGCGAGCGCAAGAAGGAGAAGAGACGCAGGGAGAAGGAGGCCGCGCGCCACAAAGAGAAGGCCUCGUCCCAGAACUACGACGAGGCCGGCGUGCUCAUUGACGAGGAGGCCGAACGCGAGGCCAAGAAGCAUCUCCGCUCCUACCGCCACGAGAAGCCCGCCCGCGUCGGCGGUCUGAACAAGGAGUCCGAGGCGUCCGAGUGGGACGGCUCGACGAACCCUACCGAGUCCAACGUCUCAACCAGCUUGUUGUCAGGCCAGCAGACCACGCCGACGUCGACGCCCCACAAGAAGAGCGGUCACGGUGGUAUUCGCAAGGUGUACAGCACGGCGGACCGCAACGAGGAGCGCGAGCGCCAGCGCAUCCGCGCCGAGGCCAAGAAGCUGCAGGAGCGGGGCCGGGCUGCGGGUAGCUCGAGGCGCGACUUCAGCUUCCAGCGGGCGAGCACGGUCGCCGAGGACCAGAACACGCGCGGCUACGCGCUCCCGCCGCCGAGGGAGGAGCCCGAGCCGAGUAUGCCGGGCAGCUGGGCCGAGAGCGAUAUCACGAGCGCGCUGGAGAGCGAUGUGGGGAACAAGUCGUAUCACCACGUCAUUCCUGGCUUGAGCAGCCAGAGCGCCGUGAGCAGUGAUUAUGCGGAUGAGAGGCGCAAGAGGAGAAAGGAGCGUCGUCACCGUGAUCACUGA